AUGUCUGGAAAGGGAAAAGCCGCUACUGGAGGCCGUGGCAAGAAGGGAAAGGGCAGCACCCGCUCGUCUAAGGCCGGCCUGCAGUUCCCCGUCGGUCGUGUCGCUCGUUACCUGAAGAAGGGCCGCUACGCUCAGCGUAUCGGCGGUGGCGCUCCCGUCUACAUGGCCGCCGUCCUCGAGUACCUCUGCGCUGAAAUCCUCGAGCUGGCCGGCAACGCCGCCCGCGACCACAAGAAGACGCGUAUCAUCCCCCGCCACAUUCAGAUGGCCGUCCGCAACGACGAGGAGCUGAACAAGCUGCUGGGCGACGUGACCAUCGCCUCGGGCGGUGUGAUGCCCAACAUCCACUCGGUGCUGCUGCCCAAGAAGUCGGCCUCGGCUGGCAAGAAGGGCAAGUCGUCUGCCUCGCAGGACUACUAAGCGCGCAAUCUCCCGAAGCUGGGGCGUGUACACAGUGAUCGUAAGCAUGUCGGUGGCCUACUUAGCUGCUGUAGGGUGACUACAUGGCGGAGUCCGAUAUGGUUAGUGGCAGCUAUUGAAGGAUAGGCCGGAGUCGGCCUCAGUGUGUGUAAGUGAUAUCGGACUAGUCUCGGUUCCUGAUGGGGUAAUGGCUACGUAUGCUAGUAGUC